AUGGAUGUUUCACUGAGAGUGCUUCGUAUCUCGGAGCAGCUGCUCGCGGACGACCACCUGACAGAGCAGCCACAGAAACAGAAAACGCUCGAAUGCGCGCUCUUCCUCGAGCAAGAUCUCUUCCGACCUGUACACUUUGAUGGCGUUCGUCUCUCUCUGCACGGGCGCCUCAGAAGCCAGACCGGCGGCCACAUAUCAGUGACUAAGAUCCUAUCGCUUGAGAAGAAGAUCUCCUGGACAGACUUCUAUCCCGCCACCUCGCGAAAGAGCCCGCUCACAAGUCGACAACAGGCGGAUAUCACAUUCGAUGUCGACACAACCGUUGCACCGUCUUUGACCAUAGACGUUACAUCGGAAAUCACCAAGGACAGUGCUUUGGGUAAUCGACACGUGGUAAAAGGUCGAGCAGAUGUGGACUAUUGGUUCGAAGCCUCAUUCACAACGAGUUCCGGCAGUGGCCAUACGAUUGCUGGUGCUGUACAUGUCCCUGGCCCCGGAGAACUCACGGUGCUACCUCUGCACGCCCAUCAGCUGCCAUCGUUUUGCGUUUCCAGACCCAAACGCCUGUUGGAAAUUGGAACCUCUAGCUCGAAGUCACUGGGUGAAGAAGACCAACUCCAUAUUCGACUCGACAAGUCAUUGGGGAGUAUCAGUCACAACAAAUCUGCUACGACUUCAACACGCCUACUGAGCAUUCCAAUCACCGUCAACCUCCUCUCCACACGCCCUGCGUCAGCGCUUGUGCAAAGCCUGCAGACGCGAGGCGCCGAGUGCUCCGUCACAGCCAAGUGGCACAUCACACGAUCGAUAAGCAGCGUCGCGCCCGAGAAACGAAGUCGACGCGGCUCGAAUAGUCUGAGCCGAUGCUCUACUAUCACGCAGGUGACUCGUACGGCAGUCCCGCCAUUUUACGGUCGCUCUACCGACGAUCGCAUCGAGAGUCGGACAGGAUACCAGCAAUGCUCUGCCACAGCCACUGUUGAGCUGAGCCUACCUUACACAGCAGUGGUGCCAACGAUCCGUAUUCCAGGCCUGAGCGUCCAGUACGAGCUUGAACUCAAAUUGCUGCUCUACGGUGUUGGGAAUGGUUUAGACAAGAACGCGCGAAGGUCAAGCUUGGGCGAAACGACCUUCAAAAUCCCAGUGGUUCUGUGUCCGCGCUGA